AUGGAGUUCGCUCCUGGCAUUGGCCUAGACACCAAAUGGUUCGACUUGACAAAGCGAGAGCAACGUACUGUGGCUAUUGAAAUAGUCGAAGUCGAGAGGAAACUCUUCGGCAUUCCCUUUGGCUCAUUCGGAAGCUUAUAUUUCAAGAAGGAUAUCCCUCCCGAACUGCAGGCUGACCUCUACGCCCCUGGGGUCGAAGAUCCAUCUGGAGAUUCCGACACCUUCUGCAUUGGGCCAAUCGCAGAUGACAUGUUCUGA